AUUGGGUAAGAGUUGUGAAAUGCUGGAUGCUAACACCCAAAGAAACAAAGAUCUUCUUGUGCCCACAGGUGCAAACCUCAUGGUGAGCUCAGCGUUGGAGGAGUAUCACCUCAAUUGAUAAAAGUUUGAAGACGAAUGCCCGAAGCCCUGCAAGUCAGAUUAAAGCACAGGCACCAACGGUGCAUGCCAAGGCUCUGCUUCCAAGGCCAUGAAAGGAUGCCAAGCCGUUCUGCUUUCAAUUACAUAAGUAUUAUACCUCCUGCUCCAAAGACUGCAAGCACAGAUUUGACCGCUUUUCUUCGCCAUCCGCUCCCAGCAGGGGUUAAGAGUACCCUGGGCUCAGCCUGGCUGGCACCACUGCGGCUGAUCUGAUGUGCUGACACAUCCUGGUUACCAGGGGACUGUUGUCGCAUCAGACCUGCCAAAGAGUUUCCAGCUUUUCUUGUACUUGGAGGCAUGAGGUGACUACUUGGAUCCUAGAGUACAUGAUCAGCACACGAGAAGACAGAAACACGGCAUGCAGGACACAAGCAAAAUGUUCAACCAAACAAAACACAAAACAAGAACUACACACACCUGGCAAGCGUGGGCUAUCUACAUGGUCUUAGCUGCAAACCUCUCGGAAGAGCAACCGCUGAAGCAGGCUUGUCCUUCAUGUGAUGCCACUCAGCUUUGCAACUGUUCUUCCAUGGGCUUGGAUGUUAUUCCCCAAGGGCUCACGGCCGAAAUCACAGUGUUAAACCUGGCCCACAACAGGAUAAAGCACAUCCGGUCCCGGGAUCUGCAGCAGGUUGUGAACCUAAGAAUCCUACUGCUGCAGUCCAACAAGAUCAGCUCAAUAGACAUGGACUCGUUUCACUCCCUCGGGAAACUGGAGCUCUUGGACCUAUCAAAUAACAGCUUGGCUCACUUGUCCCCUGUGUGGUUUGGGCACCUUGUUUCGCUCCAGCAGCUCUGCCUUCAAGGGAACUCCUACAGAGACCUGGGGGAAAGCUCCCCCUUUUCUAGCCUGAGGAACCUGAGCUCUCUCCACCUGGGCAACCCAUGGUUCUCCAGGAUAAGGCAAGGGAACUUUGAGGGCAUUGCGGUUCUCGACAAGUUGUGGAUUGACGGUGACAAUCUCAGUCAUUAUGAGCCGGGAAGCUUGAAAUCGAUUAAGAAGGUAAAUCACAUGAUCCUAAACAUAAGAAGUAUUAAUGUAUUCUCAGCAAUUGUCAGGGACCUUCUGCACUCUGUCACUUGGUUAGAAGUGAGAGAAAUAGCAUUCAGUAUACCUGCUGAAGUGCAACCAUUGAGAGUCAUGUCUUCUUCUUUUGCAAAGAAAAUUUCUUUUAAACAGACCUUAUUAACAGAUGGUACUGUGCCGGAUAUUGUCGGCAUUUUAGGAGACAUGCCAAAAUUAGUGGAGCUGGAGAUGACAGACUGUAGACUCUUGGGAACUGGACAAUGGGAAAAAAAAAUUCAGGCAAACCAAUCAGAGACUCUUAGAGUUCUGACAGUAGAGAAUUUACUUAUAGAAAAAUUUUAUUUGUUUACAGACCUUCAGGUUGUGGAAUAUCUACUACCUCUUCUUACCAAAGUGACAGUUGAAAACACCAAGGUCUUUUUAGUACCAUGCAGGCUUUCAAAACAUCUUCAGUCAUUAGAGUAUCUUGACCUUAGUGCAAAUUUGCUUGGAGACCGGAGUUUGGAGCAUUCGGCCUGUAAGGGUGGUUGGCCCUUACUACAAACUCUGAAUUUAAGUCAGAAUUCACUGAGUGACUUAGAAAUGACAGGUAAAAGUUUAUCUCAUCUAAGACACCUAACUCUCCUAGAUAUUAGCCAAAAUAGUUUUGGUGAGAUUCCAGAUGUGUGUGACUGGCCAAAAACCCUGAAAUAUCUAAACCUCUCCAGCACUCAAAUUCCUAAACUAACGACUUGCAUUCCCCCAACGCUGGAAGUUCUGGAUGUUAGUGCUAAUGCGCUGAAGGAGUUUGGACUGCAACUCCCGUUCCUGAAAGAGCUGUACCUCACAAAAAACCAGCUGAAGACCUUGCCUGGUGCCGCACCCAUUCCUAACUUAGUGGCCAUGUCAGUCAGAAGAAAUAAGCUCAACAGUUUCUCCAGGGAGGAGUUUGAGUCGUUCAAGAAAAUGGAGCUGCUGGAUGCCAGCGACAACAACUUCGUCUGCUCCUGUGAAUUCGUCUCCUUCAUCCACCACCGGGCCGGGAUAGCCCAGGUGCUGGUGGGGUGGCCAGACAGGUACAUCUGUGACUCUCCCCUGGCAGUGAGAGGGGCACAGGUUGGAGCUGUGCACCUCUCUCUGAUGGAGUGCCACAGGUCCCUCGUGGUGGUGUUGAUCUGCGCCCUGGUGUUCCUGGUCAUCCUCAUCCUCGUGGUUGUCAGCUACAAGUACCACGCAGUCUGGUACCUGAGAAUGACCUGGGCGUGGCUCCAAGCCAAGCGGAAGCCCAAGCGAGCCCCCCCGAAGGACAUCUGCUACGACGCUUUUGUUUCCUACAGCGAGAACGACUCUGACUGGGUGGAAAACAUAAUGGUGCGUGAGCUGGAGCAGGCCUGCCCCCCCUUCCGGCUCUGCCUCCAUAAGCGUGACUUUGUGCCCGGGAAGUGGAUUGUGGACAAUAUCAUUGAUUCCAUAGAGAAGAGCCACAAAACGCUCUUUGUGCUGUCCGAGCACUUUGUGCAGAGCGAGUGGUGCAAAUACGAGCUGGACUUUUCUCACUUCCGCCUCUUUGACGAGAACAACGAUGCAGCGAUUCUCGUCCUCCUGGAGCCCAUCCAGAGCAAAGCAAUUCCCAAGAGGUUCUGCAAGCUGCGGAAGAUCAUGAACACAAAGACUUACUUGGAGUGGCCUCUUGAAGAAGAGCAGCAGCAGGUGUUUUGGGAAAACUUGAAAGCAGCCUUGAGGUCAUAGCACAAAUCAGCAACCCCUAUUUUAGCAUGUUUCUACUAAGGAUAUAUGUCAGUGUUUUUCCUGCUAAGAAUUUUUCUUUCUUAUUUUCCUGCCUAAGGAGAACUGGCUUUUUUGUUUAUAUAAAUAAUUAUCAUCUUACUAAAGGAGAAAGACCCACCUUAGGCUUUCCAGUGAUUUGCUGCUUUGAUCUUUCAAAAUCCAUGCCUAUACCUAUGAUAUUUGGCAGCCAUGUUGGACUUCAUAUGCUUUUCAAAUACAUUUAGCUGAAUGUAGGCUAUAUCUGUACUUUUUACUCCUGUUACCACAUCCCCAAGUUGUUCCUAAAAAUGCCAUUGUAAUAUACAAAUGAAAAUAAAAGCCAAGUGCUU